CUUUGUUAUUCAGAGUGUCAAGAGGCUCUCGGUAUGGAGAAAGGAGCGAUCACUGACGGGCAGAUUAGUGCUUCGUCACAGCUUGAUGCCAACCAUGAAGCCAGCCAGGGUAGACUGAACUUGAAAGGAUCGUGGUCAGCUUACGCUAAUGACGCUAAUCAAUGGCUACAGAUUGAUCUAGGUAGCAAUCCUGUCACUGUCACACGGGUGGCAACGCAAGGAAGUAAUUUAAAGAGCCAUUGGGUAAUAAAUUACACGCUGAAAUACAGCGACGACGGUCUGAAUUUCCAGUUGUACAAACAACAUGGACAAAGUGAACACAAGGUUAGACACCUCUGCAGACAUUUACAUUGUGGGGAGUUUGUUACUUUUUUAAAGAUGUGACUGUUGCUUGUCAAAAACAUUAGUAGAUGCAGCAAAUAGUUGACUAAGGAAGCAAAAUAAAGUUCAGUAAUCUGUUUCACUGCAUGUAACCCUUAAACCCAAAAAAGGUAUUAUCAAUGUAAUCAUGUUGUAAGUUUUGAGAUCUUGAGCAUCCUUUACCCCUUCGUUAGUGAAGUGUACUUUUGUUCUUCGUCAUUUCGUUCACCGUGCUUAAUAUCCUCAUUCAACUCCCUCUGAGGAGUCAGUCGGGGUGAGUGAGGCUAAUAAAAGUUUCCAGCACCAAGCAAACACGAAGGGGGUUCAUUUGGGGUCGAGGAUAAUUUGUGGUCCGUUUUAGCCAUCCUUUCCCUUUUGGGGUGUUGUGGUAGGGGCUCAUUUGCGGUACUGUACAGUUCCCCUGUUCCCCAAAAUAAUUUUGAAAUUCAUUGUUUUCUAAAAGUAAUUUUAAUUAACAUGUUCCCCAAAAUUCAAUGCUGUCAGCUUUCCGAAGUUUCAAACACAUAGAGUUAUAAUGGGGGCAGGCCUAACCUAUUGCAGAACCUGAAAAGGCACCUCGGUGACGCGUAAAGAAAAAAUCGUCAGCAGUUCUUAGGAAGGAAAAAAACGACUUCAGGCCCCAGUCUACUCGCAACCAAGUCACAACCAACUGCAAUAGACCAGAGAAGCAGCAAAAUUGUCAAAUAUAAGAAGUCUGACAGUACAGUGUAAAAGUUUAUGCGAAAACGAUAUUAUUUUAAACUAGAAAAUCAAUGUGACCCUGUUACUGGAAAGACUCAGCCAUUAACCUUUUCCUUAGAGGUCAUUUCAGGAUACCUCUCGCUUCGUCCUAAAAGUAAAUGGACAACGUCCCUUUUGUUCCCCAAAACCACUGCUCAAAUUUCAUAUUCAUAGUGUAUGUUUCAAAGUCCAUUGUAAAAAAUUAAGUACGAUAAUCGAGUAAAAGAAACCCUCCAUACUAUUACAACAUCAGUAACAUUCACCAGAAAGCACUAGCUUUUCUCCAAAUGAUUUCACUUCGCAACCAAAAACAAUCAUAUUUGCAUGUCUACAUGCUACUAUGAACAGCUUUCAUUCGUAUCAGAGGUUACGUCUAGGUGUGCAGGGACCCGAGGGGUGUUCUGAAAUUCAGUACCUGGUAACACAAAAUGUCAUCCUUAGAUUUUGAAUAGCAGGCAAAUGGCGCCAAAACCCUGACUAAUUGUCCAUCUAAGGGAGCGGUCAUUAACUAUUGGGGGGAGGGCUGGUAAAUUUUGGGGGAGGGAUGCGAUUUUUUGGGCGCCAGUUUGGGGAGGACUAAAAUUUUCUGAGCCCGUAUGAGGGGAGGGUUACAAUUUUCUGGGCGCCUUUGGGCGAUGUGCGCGUACUAAUGGGUUUUGUGUUACUGAAAUAUUAAGCACUGCUUGAAAUACCAUGGCCGUGCAAGUAAUAUUAACAGAAUUGCACUGACUCAAAGAUGAAUCGCACUGUUAAAAAGCACUCUGAUUGGCUGGAGAUGAGGAGUGACUUCACAUGGAAUAGUUUGCAAUUUGCUUGACUUUGAAAUGGCUUUGAAAACAGCGCACGGGAAUUAUGAAUAACGAGACUGAGAACUGAAAGCUAAACAAAAUAGACCUAUGAAUUAAUUGCCUUCGAUCCAGGGAAUGCAGGAUAUGUCGUUUCCGAGAGUCCAAUUUUCAUUUUAUUUUUUUUGUCCGGGGAAACAUGCCCCCGAACCGCCUUAUAUAAUUCGUACAUUUGGGGCUGACAGUACACUUGUUUCUCCAGAAAAAAACAAAAAAAAAAAAACUCCAUACCAGGACAAAAUGAAUGAUGAUACCGAGAAACAGUGGUCCAAAAUCUACAUAAUUCUGGAUGAAAACAGAAGUUUGAACACCAAAGAAACUACAAAAAAAAAAAACAAGAACAAUAACUAAAGCUGCAGUAAAACGGGCAACAAAAAACGUGUAACUUGUUUUGCAACAUUCCUGCAAACCAAGUUGAAUAGCGAUGUUGCGCGUUUUACCACCCAUGUUCGACCCUGUCUUGCAAAAAAUAAGGUUGUAAGGUUUGCUUUCGUGGGUGGUAAAACGAGCAACAUCACUAUUCAACUCAUUUUGCAGCCAUGUUGCAAAACAAAUUGCGCGCUUUUUGUUGCCCGUUUUACCGUUCCUUAGGUAGCCAAUGAGAACAUCAUUAAAUGAAUAGGUGAUCAAAAGUCUUCGUGAAUCAUGAAUCUGGAAGAAAAUCAUGAAUCAUUGAGGUAAAAAACGACAGGAAUCAUGAAUAUUAAGAUUCAAAUGAUUCUGCUUCUAACUCAGAAAAUAUUGUAAAUAGUAACACUUUUUUAUUCCAGUGAAAUAAUUGUCUCAAAGUUACGCUGAUAUGGAUUCUCGCCAUGCAACAUUCGAAUACUCAAAAUGUUAUUAGGGGAGGGUUACAAUUUUUUGGGCACACAUUUUUGGAGGGCAGGAUUUUUGGGCUGUUAACCUGAGAGAGGCUAAAAUUUUUGGGCCCUCACUUUUGAAAUAAUACCGGCCCUCCCCUCCCCCCCCCCCCAACCCCCCCUCCCCAAUAGUUAAUGACCGCUCCCUAACUACUGUUUUUUAUUUUCUUUUUUUGGGCCUGAUUCAGGUGUUUGUUGGCAACACAGACGAGAAUACUAUCGUUUAUAACGAACUCAAUGGGUCGAUUGUGGCCCGCUACACACGUUUUCAACCAACAUCUUGGCAUAACCACAUAUCAAUGAGGGUGGAACUAUAUGGCUGCAAAGGUACUUUUUUUGGUAACAUCCUUCUUUUGUGGAAUUCGGUAAAAAAUACAAACAAAUCCUUG